AUGAAUAAAUUUGACGAGUUUAUAGAGUCUAAUGAGAAGGAUUUGGAUGUGGACACCAGUACCCGAAAUAGUAUAAUUUCGAUGUCACCUGUGAGGAAAACUGGACGAAAGAUUCGUUCUGCUAGUUCCAAUGGAUAUAGGCUAGAACACCAUCGUACGUCCAGUGCGGGAAGCAUGCAUUCGCAAAGACUAAUGACGCCUACCAGAUUAAAUGACCAGGACCAUCCCUUACAAGCCAAGCCAGAUGCUAGGAGGGUGGUAACUCGUCAUUCUUCUGUCUCAGUUCCAAAUGCAAUGAGCAAGAGAAGAUCACUUAUUCAACCCAUGGUUGUUCCCACUACACCAGAAUCUCAAAACAACUUACCUUCAGUAAGUCAUUCUGAGGGAUCCUAUGGAAUCCCAUUAGAGUCAACCACUGUACUUUCUAGUGAGCAAGCGAUGGCCAGCGGACUUCGACGGUCUAGAAAUGGGAGUUCGCAGUCGGUUAAUAGUAUGAUAGCGACCACCAUACCAACAAAUGGGGUCGAUGUAAGUGCGCUUCUACAAUCUCUCGCUACAAAAGAGUUAGAACUUCUGGAAUGCAAACAAAAGAUUGAAGAUUUGAAAAAGCAAACCCAGCAUGAAGAGCAAAACUAUACUCGUCGGGCACGUGAACUGCAUGAACUCAAGGAGCAAGUGAGUAAACAUUUGGAUCCCUCUCUAAAUACACCUGUUAAAAACCGGGCUUUUUCACCGGUUUACCAGAAUAUACCUUUGGAAUCACGAACUGAAAAUGCUGGUAACAGCAGCCUUCCUAGUUCUGUCAGUAAACCAAAGAACAUGGGUCAUCAAAGUACUAAUCAGUCAAGAUCUGUGUCUCCGCAAGAUAUUCAAGAAAGGCGCCAAAGGGACGACUCGUCAGAUUCAUCCAAACAGUCACUUUGGAGCAAACCAUUAGCUCUGUUUAAUCAGUUUGAUAAAAUCAUUCAGCAUGAAAUUGAAAGAACUCUGAAUUGGGAUGACUCUCUUUCAGGUACGCCUGAGGUACAGGAAGGGACACCGACUAGUAAUAGCGAGUCGUCCGCGCAACAGUACGAUAAUGAAGCACCUGGAGCUCGCCAAAAAUCUCCUUCGCAAGGAUCAGUCUCCAGGUCGCUUUGGAGCUUUGUUAGCGAUGUCAAGGCCGGAUUACUCGGUAUAGAAGAAGAAAACGAUAAUGAUGUUAUUACUGAUAACAGAUGUGAUCCUGUAUAUAAAAGCGAUAGACAGCAUGAACAGAAAAAAAGUACACAUAAAAUUACGAACCGGGGGCAAGCAGAAGAUAGUGGCGACGAUUCUAGUUUAAACAUGAGGAAAUUUAAAACGACAACUAAGUUCCAGAAAGACAAUGCUGGGAAUAAUAGUCUCACAGAUGAAAGUGGACAUCGAACACGAGAAAAAAAAAGUAAAAGAAGUAGUAACAAGCUAAGUUUUAUUGGAGAACCCGAUAAUGAUAAUUCCUCCGUCAAAAACUCAGUUGAAAUGACAGACUUCUAA